AUGUUAGAAAAACCAACUCUGACUUGCAUUUUUAUCUUCUCCAUUGCUUUCUUGUUGAGUUUCAGUUUGAGUAUUGCUCAACCUCAAACCGGCUUACAAACUUACCUUGUCCGUGUAAAUAAGCCCGAAGCCCAAGUUGUGUCUAAUUCAGAUGAUCUAGAAAGCUACUAUAACUCAUUUUUACCAAUAGCGACUGCUGGCUCAGAGGAGCCAUCACGCAUUAUUCACUCAUAUCACCAUGUGGCUACUGGCUUUGCAGCUAGAUUGUCAGCUGAGGAGGUAAAAGAAAUGGAAAAGAAAGAUGGUUUUGUGUCGGCGAGGGUUGAGAAGAUUUUGGCUUUGCAUACAACACAUACUCCAAACUUCUUGGGGUUGUACCAAAAUAUGGGGUUUUGGCAAGAGUCAAAUUAUGGUAAGGGUGUGAUCAUUGGGCUUCUGGACACUGGGAUUAAUCCAGGACAUCCAUCUUUUAGUGAUGAUAACAUGCCACCUCCACCAAAAAAGUGGAAAGGGAAAUGUGAAUUUACAGGAAACAUAACGUGUAACAAGAAGCUCAUUGGUGCGAGGAAUUUUGUGAGCGGUUCAACUGAUCCACCAUAUGAAGAAGGAGGCCAUGGAACACUUACUUCAAGCGUAGCAGCUGGAAACUUUGUUGACGAUGCAAAUGUGUUUGGCAAUGCCAAUGGCACAGCAGCCGGCAUUGCCCCUCUUGCCCACAUUGCCAUGUACAAGGUGUGUUCAAACGUUGGUUGUUCAGAUGUUGACACAUUGGCUGCAAUCGAUGCUGCAAUAGAUGAUGGUGUUGAUUUGCUUUCUCUCUCCAUUGGUGGAUAUAAUGCUCCUUUUUAUGACGACGGUAUGGCCAUUGGCGCUUUUGCUGCAAUCCAAAAGGGUAUCUUCAUGAGCGCUUCAGCCGGUAAUGAUGGUCCACUCAGUGCUACCCUAUCAAAUGAGGCCCCUUGGAUUCUCACCGUUGGCGCUAGCACCCAUGAUAGAAAGAUAGUGGCAACAGCUGUGCUAGGGAAUGGACAAGAAUAUAACGGUGAAUCAGUUUUGCAGCCCACAGGCUUUCCUCAUGAUAUCUUAUUUCCCUUAGUAUACCCUGGCUUGUUAGAUCAAAAGGCUGCAUUAUGUUCAUCAGGAUCAUUGAAUAGCACUGAUGUCAAAGGCAAGGUUGUUGUGUGUGACAAAAGUGGCGGUAGUACAGCAAGACUUGAGAAAGGGCAAACAGUAAAGGAUGCAGGUGGUGUUGCCAUGAUUCUAAUCAAUCUAGAGAUUGACGGAGAUGGCACAUUAGCUUAUGUCGAUGUCCUUCCUACAACAAAUGUGGGUUACAAUGCAGGGGAAAUGAUUAAAGCGUACAUAAACUCAACCUCAACGCCUUUGGCAAGAAUCCUUUUCAAAGGCACAAAGAUAGGCUUUAAGAGUGCACCAUCUGUAAUAUCUUUUUCCUCCAGGGGUCCAAGCUUGGCAAGUCCAGGCAUAGUAAAACCAGACAUUAUCGGUCCUGGAGUGAACAUCCUUGCAGCAACGCACGUCUCAGUGGAGAACAAAACUGGCACCGAUUUGACAUUUAACAUUGUCUCAGGUACCUCAAUCUCCUGUCCUCACCUUAGUGGCAUUGCGGCUUUGCUUAAAAGUGCACAUCCUGAUUGGUCACCGGCUGCUAUUAAAUCUGCAAUGAUGACCACAGCUGAUCAAUCUAAUCUUGAAGGUCAGCCCAUCCUUGAUCACAGGAAUCAACCUGCUGAUGUUUUUGCCACUGGUUCUGGCCAUAUAAAUCCAUUAAAAGCAUGUAAUCCAGGACUUAUUUAUGACAUCCAACCGCAUAACUACAUCCAGUAUCUAUGCGGUCUUGGCUACACAGAUAAAGAGAUUGGGCUCGUCGUGCAACAAACUGGCAACUGCUCGCUACAAGUGAGCAUACCUGAGGCAGAACUGAACUAUCCUUCUUUCUCCAUUAUACUUGGACCACAGACGCAAAACUAUACAAGAACAGUCACAAAUGUUGGCGAUGCAAGCUCAACUUACGUUGUUAACAUCACUCGAAUUCAAGGAGUUUAUAUAGUUGUCGAGCCUACCACGCUUGUCUUCACCAAGGUGAACCAACAGGCAACUUAUUCAGUUUCCUUUUCCCAAACAGGUGGCAUCACCGGCCGUUCUGUACAAGGAGCUAUAUCAUGGAUCUCUAACAAAUAUGUUGUUAGAAGCCCAGUAUCUGUUAAAUUGGAAUAA